CUCCUCCCCCCUACCUCUCUCGACCACUCGCUGCCUCUCUCACCACCUGUUAGUUAGUGCGGACCCUCAUGCACUGACAUCCACUUGUUUGUGUAGGAACCUCCUCCACUCACAAUCAAAGACUCUAUGACGGUGCGGAGAGGAAAGAAGCUCAGCAUCUCCAUCCAGGAACACAUGGCCAUAGACGUCUGCCCCGGCCCCAUCAGACCCAUCAGACAGAUCUCCGCCUACUUCCCCCGCCUGUCCCCCACCUCCCCCACCCCCAUCUCCCCGAUCCCCGCCUCCUCCCCCCUGGCCGUCAGCCCUGGCCCCGUGGCCUCCGGGAUGGGCGGGGCUCACCUCCUGUCUCCUCUGCUGGCCCAUGGCAGGCCGGGCGGGGGCGGGUCUCUGUCUCUGACCAGCAGCGUGGACACGUCGGUGGAGAUCAACAGCUCCGACAGUGACGACUGCACUGCUCUGGGAACUCUGGAGUUUGAGCUGAGAUACGAGCAGAGCUCCAGUGAGCUGCACUGCACCCUGCUCCGGGCCAAGGGUCUGAAGCCCAUGGACUUUAACGGUUUAGCCGACCCGUACGUCAAACUGCACCUGCUGCCUGGAGCCUGUAAGGCCAAUAAGCUGAAAACGAAGACGAUCCGUAACUCAUUGAAUCCAGUGUGGAAUGAAACCCUCACUUACGUUGGGAUCACGGAAGAAGACAUGCACAGGAAGACGCUCAGGUUGUCUGUGUGUGACGAGGACAAGCUGACUCAUAACGAGUUGAUCGGAGAGUCCCGUGUUCCUCUGAAACGUGUGAAACCGAAUCAGACCAAACAUUUCCACACCUGCCUGGAGCAUCCGCCUCCGAUGCCUUCUCCCACGGCCAUGGGCGAAGCUCUGCGAGGAAUAUCCUGCUACUUAAGAGAGUGGGAGAACGAGCAGCUGCACAGCCUGGAGGAGAGAGGUCGUCUUCUUCUCUCCCUGCAGUUUUUGCCUCCGCUCAGUUUGGAGGAUAAAGAUGUGGAAGGAGGAGGAGGAGGAGGAGGAGGCGAAGGUCGUCGCAGCGGGGGUCUCUGCGUGGGCGUGAAACGCUGCGCUCACCUGGCAGCCAUGGACGUGAAUGGAUUCUCCGACCCCUACGUCAAAAUAUACCUGAAGCCCGACAUACAGAAGAAAUCCAAGCACAAAACAGCAGUGAUGAAAAAAACCCUCAACCCUGAAUUCAAUGAGGAGUUUUUCUACGAGAUCUCUCUGUCGGAGCUGGCCAACAAGACGCUGGAGGUGACGGUGUGGGACUACGAUCUGGGACGCUCCAACGACUUCAUAGGUGGCGUCUGUCUGAGCUGUCACUCCCAGGGUGACGCCCUCCGUCACUGGAUGGACUGCCUGAAGAACAAGGGCCGCAGGGUGGAGAGGUGGCACAUUCUGACCAAUGAGCUGCCAAGAACCUUCAGCCACGACUAACCCCCUCCACCCCCCUGCAUGUAGACAGUCGCUGUCAGGGAUCUCACGGUUCCUCUGGUUUCUUUGCGGGACAGAUUUGAGCAACUUCACAACAGGAAUCAGCAGUAGUUGUGAGGAAAGGUGUAUUAUAAUAAGAGCCACCAUGAGGGCUGGAGAGCGGAGAGGAGCGGGAGCAGCAUGGUGGUGUGCCUUCGUUAUUCAACAGUGAGUCAUCCACAAGAAGAAGCUCGUUGGCUCCAUCAACACUGUCAACAUCACACCUUCCCUCAACACCAGACCACACACACACGAGAGGGUUAGACCCGUCCACUGGACUCAUGAGGGGUGGAACUCACAACGGUGAAACACAAAUCACAGACUUCAGGCCUAAAUUAAAGGUGGAGUAAGUGAAAGAGCAAAACAAAUAGACCCCUCUCUUCAGUGCCCCUUCAGAAGCUCCGCCCCCUAAAUUCAUUUCCAAGGCAACAACACUGAAAACUCUUUCUCAUAGCUGAAGCAAAACAAACAUCAAACAAAUAUCCAAAACACAACAGAGUCAAAACUUGCAAAAGUUAGCUGUAUAGAUACAGAGGAAAGGACCAUAGCUUUGUAGCUAAGCUAACAAGGAAGGUAACGUUUCCUAGCAUUGCAGCUUAAAUUAUACAUCCAACCAAAUAAAUCCACUGUUCUAGCAAACUUAUGUUUUUAGUUCUUCACAGCUACAAAACCCUUCACACGGAUAAAUACCAUGAUACAGAGCAAAGAACGAGACAGCUAACUGUGGCUACAGCUGCUGCUGCUAAGCUAACAUGCAGAGAAGAUGCGAAGGACAGCUCUCCUGCUCCUGCAGCUAACAUCACACCAACAACAUGUUUGGCAAAGUAGAGAGUCAGCUGAAUGUCACUGGGCAAGUAAUUUAACGAUACCAGACACAAAUGUCACACUGGUACCUGCUUGCUAACUAACCUGUUGGGAUUAUCUAUCACACACAUUAGCAAACAGGACAAAUCAAUGCUGAUAUAUUGGCUCUGAAACACAGUGAAGCUAAUGUUACCCCCCAAGAUAGAAAAAUAAAUGCGACUCAUACUCGGGCCAGAUGCUGGUUUUCUUCUGGCCCAGUAUGCACCCAGUUCCACGGCCCGAAUCUGGCUCUUAGCUCGUAGCUUGAUAUUUGGAUGCUACUUCCACAUCUGGACCAAUUCUGUCGCACACAUGGAAAAUCUUCCAAUAGAUAAUAGCCGAACCCUGUCCAGAUGUGGAAGUAGACUCGGACCAAGAACUCAAGCAUAUGUUGGGCCAGAAGUUCCAUUUUGCUAUCUGGGCCUGAAAGGUGAGACAAAGCAACAUCUGCGUCCGUCUCUUGCCUUUCUCUCCACCAUAGUUGGACUUAUCUUGUGUUACUCGGUCUGAGCCACAUUUACAGCUCACGAACCGUGAGGAGAAAUUCACCGAAUUUGACAAAAGUGUAUUAGAGUCCAAUCGCUUACUCCACCUUUAAAUUGCAUGUUUUUUCUCUACAACAGUCUACAGAUUUGUUUUGUUACUCACGUGCAUUGUGCUGUGAAAAGUCAUAACCCAAAAGGGAAAGAGAAAUUCAUGUUUUAUAUAUCUGGUGUCAUGUCGGCGCCCACGUCUGUACAUACUCCGGUCAGUGCUGCAGUUUGGUCUCUCGUCUUCAUAGACGGAGAACUUCUUUUCAUAUCACCAGCUCCCAGUUUGUGCCUGUCAUGUAUCGUCACUUCACUGGAGUCACAAAGCGAAGCAUCUGUUUUCCAAAACAAUAAAAAGCAGCCAAUCUCUGAAAAACCCAGAUGGUGGAUUGAUAACACUUACAGCUGAGUCUUUAAAGACUCUUCUGGAUGGAUGAUGAUGAUGAAUAUUUAUCUCCUUGCUGUUUUUCUACAACAUGAGCCAAAACUUAAACAUUUUAUCGUCAGUUAUAUUUGCUUAUAUUGAUGUUGCUUUUAUUAUUUUAUAUUUUCAUACAGAUUAGCAUGUUAGCAUAAAAAGGAAAUGGAGAUGUGUUAUUUCUGGCUUCCAGGAGAGGAAACGUAGUCGGAACAUGGGAAACAGGUUAGCACAGCAGUAAGUGUUUAGUUUGCUGGAUAUUUUUCUUUUAGAAAAUGAUCAACAAUCAGAAUUCAUGAGAAGCACAAACUGGGGCAAAUCAUUUCAUGUUAAGUGUAUUUGCAUGACGCAGUCACGUUACUGUUCGCUGUGCUGACAGUCAAACAGCCUGAGACACAACAAGAGACUAACAGCAGCUUACUCACUUAUUCACUUCGAAACUGCUUCACUGGCGUGACCAGAAUUACGUGUAGUAUUGCCAAAGCAUGUUGUGCAAAGUUUACAUGUGAGUAAGAUCAUUCAGAAUGUAACAAACUGCAUUUUCUCUCUGUACUAUAAGCAUGGACAUAUCUUGUGUUGCACCUCGGCUUGUUGAAUGAACAACGUCAAACACACACCGUGGUCAGUCCGUCCAUUCAGACGCUGUGAGGCUGAAGCUGUGGUCACGUCAGAAAGCGAGCGACCAAAUUUCAUCUGUGCAGCCUCACAGAACAGGCAGCGCUGGUGCCUUGCCGCUGGGGACGACACGAACCUGGGGAAUCUAGAGAAUCUCAGGACUUUUCACAAAGGUUUACUGUAGUAGAAGUGAGGGGAAAAUAAAAUGGUGUAAUACAGCUAGUAAGCUAUGGUAGCUUUCCCUGGAAGGUCAGCAGUGAAAAGACACCUUACUGCUUUUGACCAAUGAAGAAAAAUUCAAAAAGAACGGAAAAAAAGAAGAGCCCUGACUAUAAUCUUAUGAAUCUUUAACGGCAGCAGACACAGAGCGAGUCCAGUAUCACGCUCGUUUAGCUCUGUUUUUGGUCUCCACCAGCAGAGUUCCCCUCUUCGUAUCUGCUUGGCUUCUGUUGAUAUUGUCAGUGUGCUCCACCUCUGAUCGGGUGGAGGUUCCUCCAUGAUUACAGCUACAAAACAAAACUAACAGUCUGGAAAAGCUGCAGAGAUGUGUAAAUUUAUUUAUUUCUUUUGUUUCUUCCUGUAAAUGUUUAAUGUUGUUUGUUUGAGUGUUUUUUAGACCCUGACAUGUUCCAGGGUUUGACCUGUUUGAGCAGGUGGAGGCUCAGCAGGUGUUUAAAGGUGCUAACAGUGAGAGAAAAGCUGUUUCAGAGAAGGUUUGAUGUUCACUGAUUUAAAUAGUUUCACAAGCUGCACGGUCCACAAUGACAACAACAUACAGUCAUUUCACAAGAAAACUGUAAUGCAAUGUUCACUAAGCCCCACCCCCCUUAGUUACUGUUGCUAUGAGCAUUAAUCUACACAUUGAAGAAUGUUAUAUUCCUCAGUCUUAACUUUCUAGAAUCUUACAGUUAACAAUGCUAACGGUGGCAGGUUAGCAUCGAAACUCUUACUAAUUUUCAAAUGAAAUGAUGACUGUCACUAGCAGAUUGAACUAGCUAGCUGCAGCUAGCUAGCAACUUAAGCUAAUGAUAGAUCCAUGGGUUGGUCGAAAAUGUCUCAUAUUUGUUUGCAUUUUCCAAAUUUUUAACGAUACCUGAGAAAAAGCUUUUAGGACGAGGAUUAAUGUGUUUGUGGAACAAAACUAUGUCUCAGUUACAGCUACUGUUAUUAGCUGUGGGCUAAAGGGCAGAGUUUAGGCUAACAUAGGUGGUUGUAUAUGCUAAUACACCUUAAAAGUACUGCAAUAAGCUAGUUAGCCGGACAUGCUAACGAUUGUUUACAUUAGAACGGAUAAACCCACUGUUUAAAGCAUCCUUCGAAGUUAUCUUUUGAUUUUGGAAAGGCUGAUAAAGACACGAGCUUCCACACUCCUUACAACAGUCCAAUGAACAUGGUGUCAGUGUGGAGAAAUCCAGAGUUAGCUAAGCUGGACAUCUCUGUUUGUCCAGCGGAGAGGUUCAGUCAACAGAUAUUAAACAUCUACAGGAAAUCUGAACCUUCAGCAGCUUCCAUUCUCACUCAUAUCGGUCAAACCCUAAAACCUCCAUGAUUUCUGCUCCAUAACGCCCGGAUCACACUUCUAUUGCACUCCUUAACGAGACUGUGAAAAAACAAACUGCAUCUUAUUGCUGCCAUGACCGAACAUGAUGAUGAUGAUGAUGAUGAUUAUAUAUCAAUACAAGUGGUUCUUCCUUGUUGUUGCAUGAUGCAAUAUGUUGUUAUACUUCUUUAUAUCUCUAUACUCCCUCUGCCUGUUUUCUAAUUCAAAGUGUUGAAGUGAGACAUGAUGAAACAUUCAGGUUCAUGUUGAAGAUUCUUCUGUUUACAGUGUUAUUGUUCAUCUUUUAUGCACGAUUGAAUGUAUGAAUGUGGCUUUCUAUACGAUAUUGUUGAACUGUUGUUUACACUGAUCUCGUGCUUUACAGUCGUUCUUACAUUUCUAUCAGGUGUUUUAUGUACAAUGCAACAGUAAAUUUGGAAUUCAACACAGAACAAUGAGUUUGUGUUUGUUGUUCUCAUUCUGUGGUUCACUUCAGUGGAGUGGGUCGAUACUGCCCCCUACAGGCAGAAAACAGUACUACAACAGCAGCUUCACGACUGGUGUACAUAAUAUAGAUUACAGAUUAUAUGUGGAGGGGCGGAGUGAGUCUCACUUUCUCAUUUAUUAAAUCUGGCAAAUAAGACUGUACGCUUUUUAAAAUAAUUUUUAUUUACAGGUCAUUAAGGACACAAAUGAACGCAUUGAUAUAUGUCUUUGAUUAAGUAAUUUGGCUGUUUGGUGGAGGAAACAGACACGUGGAGGUGAUUCUAGUUUAUUAUAGAUUUGUUCAUAUUUGCCUUUUACACUUUAUUUUUUGUUAUGUAAUUUGUUAUUAUCUUAUGUUAUUUUAAUCUCUUUUUAUGUAAGUUAUUCCUGCUUUGUUAUCUUUCACUCACUGUCCUAUGGUCCCUCAGCCUCAGUUUUAUUCAUCAGUUUCUCUUCUCUAAAGCACUUUGUAACUUUGUUAAACGUGUUGUACAAAUAAAGUUUAUUAUAAUUAAAACAGUCAGUCAAAC